AUGGGAAAACGAAGUGUAUAUAGUUCAUCGAGUUCCUCCACGACCACUGGGACUGAUUCUGAUCAAAGGAGUGAAUCAUGCACCGACACCUUUAUGUCAGAAUUAAACACUGUUUCGGAAGCAUCCGAUGAGACACCAUCUAUACCUACAAAGGUUAAUAGGAUCAAAGUGAAAAACUUUGUUGCCUUUACGCCCAAUAUUAACUUGUGCCUGCCAGAAGGCAAAUUUGCAAAUGGUAAGGUAGUUUCUGCUGCUAAGGCGCAAGAACUCCUAUCGUCCGCAAUGCCAACAGUGAUGCAAUCCAUCGAACAAUGCUUAAAACUUGCAAAUAAAUAUUUUAAGUCCUCCGAGGCUUCCAAUUGCUUCCAGGAUAUGUCGAAGAGUCACUCAAAUGGAAAUGUCUCGAAGGUUGGAAAGUCGGCCAAUAUGAAAACAAAUUUAGUUAAUGGUGUUAAGAAAUGUCCAGAUGCUAAACAAACCCAUGUAGUUGCUUAUAUAAGACAGGAUGGAGAUGCACCAAAAGAAAAGGACAGUGUGUCUACUUCGAAAUCCGAAGAAUCUUCGAGGAAUUUUCAUAAGCUCAACGGUACUCACAAUUUGGCCUCUCAGAGGGCCAUGAAGAAUGGAACGGCUGUUUCUAAUUGCCUUAUCUCUCGUGAAACUAAUGCUGAUGAGUUCGAACAUGGUAAUGGAUGCAAUACAUUACCACUUAUUGAACCAAGUGUAAAAAAACUUCCAACUGGAAUUUCUCCGAAAUCUAUUGAUUCGUUAAAGAAUGGCGUUAAUGGAUUUGAUGGAGUGAAACGCGAAGAGAAUUCAAAAGGUAUAAGUCGUCAUGCAGCAAAUAUCAACAGAUAUUUGACCUACCUUCAAGAUAAAUAUAGUACUCGCACUUGUCAUCCGAAUGAGCAAAAUGGCGUUAAGCCUACUAGGUUUGAAAAGAUUUCGCCAAAAACAGGAACAACUAAUUCAUUCAUUCAGCCAAUCAAUCCACCUGUAAAUGGUUUCAAUGGAAAAUCUGUUUCUCAACCGAAAGUCCAAGAAACCCAAAAAACUGCCUACCCAAUACCCCCGAAAUCAUCGGCUCUUGGUGAUAAAGCUGUUAAUGGAAUAAGUGGGAAUUCGAUUUCUCAAGAUAAAGAAGUUAAUGAAUCGAGGUCUAUUAUUUGGACAACCAUGGCACGAGAACUCUGGAGGCUUUUGUUUACGGAAUUGGGUAGCUCAAAUGCCCAAGAAAUAGCUACGAACUUAGCAAGUAACAGCGCCAAUGCAAAUUGUUCCUGA